AUGACAUUUGCAUUUUACCCUGCAAGCUUUCAAUAUAUGCAAGUACUGAGGUUUGCUGUUGAAGAAAUCAACAACUCCACCAUCCUGUUGCCCGGCGUGAAACUUGGCUACGAGAUUUUUGAUUACUGCUCAGAUUCUCAGAACUUCGGGGCUGCCCUGGACUUCUUAUCAGCGAAUGGGUCGGUCCCGGUCACAGCCAGCCCGCAAACCAAAGUCAUCUCUGUGACCGGUCCGUUUGGGAGCACACAGACCAUAACUAUUGCUCCUCUGUUUAUGUCUGACCUUAUUCCUAUGGUAACUCACGGGGCCACCAGUGUGCAACUGAGCAACAAAAAGCGGUUCCCGUCUUUCUUCCGAACCGUUCCAAGUGAUAAUUACCAGGUGAAGGCCUUGGUGAAUCUCUUGCAGGUGUUCGGAUGGAACUGGGUCGCGUUCAUUGGAGGAGACAACGACUACAGCCGGGACGCCUUUCAGGUGUUCACUGAGGAGAUCAGAUUGGUUAACAUAUGCCUGGCCUAUCAGGAAACCAUUUCUAAAGAUUCUUCCAAAUUCGAAGACAUGUUUAGUAAAAUGGCCCAAUUAAACGUCAGCGUCGUCGUGCUUUUCGCCAAUCAGGAGUUUGCGAUCCCUUUUAUCCGAAAAGCCAUUGAGAAAAAGCUGCGGAAGAUGUGGAUAGCCAGCGAGACGUGGUCCCUGAACCAGGAACUGAUCAAGGAGCAAGGAAUCGAAACCAUAGGCAAUGUUUUCGGAAUCGCGAUCCAGGGAGACAAGAAGUUGCGUGGUUUUGAGGAGUUCGUCCGCCGCUCGAUGCGACGCGGGGACGGUGGUAACGCCUCGGAUGCGCCUGGGGCGGACACAGAGGAGACGUGUAACCAGGCCUGUUCUGCAUGCCUCACCACCGAUCCCCAGAAAAUCCUCGAUGAAGAUCCAACCUACCGUUUCAGCAUUUACUCAGCAGUGUACGCAGUGGCCCACGCUCUGCACCAAGUCCUUCAGUGCGGGCGUGAGGAGUGCAAUGGCUCCUCAGCGGUUUAUCCCUACAUGGUGACUAAAGCUCUGAAAAAAGUGAACUUUGAGUUGUAUAACCAAAGUGUUAAGUUUGAUGAGAACGGUGACCCCACUGCACACUACGACAUCGCCCCAGAAUUCAGGUGUUCACCUGAGUGUAAGGAUGGUUACAGAAGGGUUCAGACGGGAUACCACAGCUGCUGUUUUGAAUGUGUGAUCUGCAUUGAUGGAACAUACAUCAAUUACACAGAUGAUCCUUACAGCUGCAAACUGUGCGGAGAAGACGAGUGGUCCACAAACGGAAGCACGUCGUGCACAAAGCGGUCUCUGGAAUACCUGCACCACACAGAGCUCCUCUCCAUCGGGAUCCUGUUCUCAGCCAGCUUCACCCUGGUCUCCUCGGUGGCCAUCACGGUUCUGUUCGCCCUGAAGUACGACACGCCCGUUGUGAAGUCCGCGGGGGGGAAGAUGUGCUUCCUCAUGCUGGGCUCCCUGUGUCUCUCCUCCAUCAGCGUCUUCUUCUUCUUCGGGCGGCCCGGCCGGGCGGACUGCAUCCUCAGGAACCCCGCUUUCUCCGUCUUCUACACGGGCUGCAUGUCCUGCCUCGCCGUCCGCUCCUUCCAGAUCGUCUGCAUCUUCAAGAUGGCCACCAAGCUGCCGCGGGCCUACAACUUCUGGGCCAAGCACAACGGGCAGUGGGUUGUCGUGGCAGCCGUCGUCGGCGUCCAGCUCCUGCUGUGCACCCUGUGGAUCGCCGUGGAGGCCCCCGAGCCUGUCAACCGCACAGUGGACAGAGCGAUUGUCCUUGACUGCUCUCUGGGGAACCAGUACUUUUUCUACACGGUCCUGGUGUUUUUAGGAUUUCUCAGCGUGGCUUGCUUCUUGUUCGCCUACAUGGGCACCGACCUGCCCAAGAACUACAACGAGGGAAAAUGUAUCACGUUCAGCCUGCUCAUAUUCUACUUCUCCUGGACCAUGUACCUAACCGUGCAGCUGACACUGAGAGACAAGCACCGUUCUUCCGUGAACGCCAUCUCUGAACUGUGCACACUUUUGGGGAUCCUCCUUGGAUACUUCUUUCCCAAGUGUUACAUCAUCAUUUUUAAACCUGAUCACAACACAGCUGCCUACUUUCAGACCUCCAUCCAAAGCUACACGAUUCAUACUAGCAACAUGUGA